CAUGGCGGCCUACAAGCAGCGUCAGAAGGGGCCCCUGAAAGUAAAAGGCUUUGCAGUGUUUGGUGUGACCAAGCGGAAGAAGAAAAAGAAGGACAAAGACAAGGCGAAACUCCCAGAAGCGAUGGGAACGAGCAAAAAGAACAAGAAGGGGAAGCAGCGUGGCCUGGACAAGCAAACCCCAGCCCAGGCGGCCUUCGAGAAGAUGCAGGAGAAGUGGCAAGUGGAAAGGAUCCUAAAGAAAACAUCCAAAACCCAUAAGCAGAGAGUGGAGGACUUCAAGAGACAUUUGGACACCCUUAGCUAGCACUAUGACAUUCCCAAAGUCAGCUGGACGAAGUAGCCUCCCCACCCAGGGUAUGCAGUGGCAUCGAGGGGAAAUGGAAGGCAAAGUUAAGGUUUGGUGCCUUUGGUAUUUUCUAGAAACAUUCUUUUACACACACCCUUGCGUUUUCUGCUGAGACAAAUGCUUUCCAAAUCAGUGUGCCCUCUUGCUGGAACUUGAUUAAAGUAUUAGACUGUUCUUUAAAAAAAAAAAAAAUUUGUAACAAUCCAUAUGUCCAUCAACAGUUGGAUAAAUAGUUCUCGCUACACAAUAGAAUACUACUGAGUGCCCCUUAUAGACAAGAUGUUGAGUUAGGGGAUCAGCCACAGAAGAGUAUGUAUGUACUGUAUUAAUUUAUGUAUGUGAAUUUCAAAAUAAAAGGAAACUAAUUUUUUUAAAGAUUUUAUUUAUUAGAGAUCACAAGCAGUGGGGAGGGGUAAAGGAGAAGUAGACUCCCCAUUGAGUAGGGAGCCCAAUGCAGGACUGGAUCUUAGGCUCCUGGGAUCAUGACCUGAGCUGAAGACAGACAUACUUACCUGACUGAGCCACCCAGGAGCCCAAGAAAACUAAUCUUUGAAGUCAGAAUAGGAAUGGCUUAUGGAAAGGAAAAAUUAUCAAGUGAGAAAAGACAAAGCUUCUGAGAUAUUGGACUUUUUGUUUAUGUGGGUGGUAGUCAUGCAAGUAUAUAUGUUGAUAUCGGCUCAGGUCAUGAUCUCAGUAUUGUGAGAUUGAGCCCUGGUCAAGCUCUGCACUGGGCAUGGAGCCUGCUUAAGAGUCUCUCCCUCUCUCACCAUCUGUCUUGAGGUCUCUCCCACUCUGAAAAAAGCAAAACAAAGCAAAGAAACUUUUUAAAAGUUUAAUUGAGCUCCAUACUUAAGAUUUAUUAAUUUUAUGUAUACAUGUUAUUCUUUAACGACCAAAAACAUACCCCCACUGAGACACCAAAGGAAGUUUUCACUAGCAGACCAACAGUAAAGAAAUACUAAAAUAUUUUUUAGGUAGAAGAGUUCAGUUGCAAGAA